AUGGCUGGCUUCAAAGCCGUUGCCAAUGUGGUUCUUUUCAACGAUGAUGGCGAUGUUAGCCGAGACAUGCUGGAAAUGGAACGAUUUGUCUGCGAAGUCACGCAGAGUCAGGUUGAUGUCAUUCUGAAAGAUGUGAAGGGGCUUGCUAAGUUCAUGUCUGCAUCUGAACACGAGCGCCAACGCAAUAUGACUGAGAUCGUCGACCAUCUGGGUUCCAUAGGAGGCGCAGUUGGCAAAGUACAAGACUCGACGCAGCAGAUCAAAAAAGCUCAGGAUCUUCAGGUAUCGCGACAGGAGCAUGAAGCGCAUCUCAAAUCGAUUCGUCGUGCUUUAGGAGUUGGAGAUGAUGAUCCAUGGCUCGAAAAACAGAACAGUCUAAUACGAAGCCGAGUCCCUGACUCUGGAAGCUGGCUUGUCAGGGACAACAUCGUCUUCAAGCAAUGGGCAGACCUUUCGAGACAGGGCACGAAUGUCAUGGCAUUGACCGGCAGGUCUGGCUAUGGCAAAUCGCAUAUCUGCAGCACAGUAAUUGCUGCCUUGUUGGAGAAGUAUGGCAAAACUAGUGCCCAACACAAGGCGAUUGUGUCCUAUUACUACUUCUCUCCCGAAAAUCGAGAUGAGUCGCUUGAGAAGUGCUUGGGCUCACUCAUUUGUCAAAUCGCCUCAAAGCGACCGACUUACGCCAGGGCCGUUGCUACUGCGUGCGAGAAUGCAGGUACUACAUACGAGUCUCAAGCCAUCUGGGACAAGUUGAUCUUUGAUCUACUCGACGAAAUCCACGGCGACUGCUUCAUUUGUCUCGAUGGAUUCCAAGAUUUCAGGCGAGUCGAUUGUUCAGGCAAGACCAUCUCGAGCAUGGCGAAAUAUGCGGCCUUGCCGAGGGGUGACGGCUUCCAAAUGCUUUUUUUCGUGUCUGCUCUUCCUGAUCACUUCGAAAGCAUGGAGCUUGGCGAUGGCUUCGCUCAGAUUUCACUCGGACUCGAACGCUCAUACUCGGGUGCUGCCACUGGAAAGCCUCGCAAGUUCCACUGGAAUGACAAUGCGACCGCCGUCGUCAACCAGCAAGAUCUGGUUCUCGUGGCUCGCCACCGGAUACAGGGCAUGUACACGAGAAAGCCAGAGCUUCACGUCCUGCUAGAGGAUAUGGGCGACGUUGCAUCUGAGCUGGCCGCCGCGGUUGCUGGCCACUUCGAAAACCUCGAAGACAAACUCAGGCAAAUUGAUUCCUGCGAGAGCGAGGAACAGAUUCGUUCAAUUAUUGAGAACGCGGACGAGGGCCUCUCGACGUCACUCAGAACUGCCAUUGCGGAUCUCAACGCUUCACUUGGUCAAACGGAAAUAAAGCAGUUGAAUGAGCUUCUUCUUUGGGCCGCUGGCGGUUUUGAGCCCCACCCAUCGCUCAUGCUGAAGCCAGCAGAUGUAUUGCAAGCAGCACUCUACUUUCGCCUUGGUCAGAAAUAUAUGCUCAAAGCUGUUGUUGAUAAAUUUCCGGCGCUGAUUACGAUGGAUGAUAUCAGCGGCGUGAAGCUACAAUCGGAGACACUCAAAGAGAUCCUAGAAGAGGUACCAACGCCCACGGAUGCUACUUCUAUGGACCAGUCGAACACUGUGCUACAUGCGAGCGAGAUCGCACUUGUCCGUCGAUUCCUAUUGAACGUCUGUGACGAUGACCUCUACUCACGCUUCGAGUUUGAUCGCUUCUUCGAGGCAAAGACCGGCAAGCAGACGGCUCGCAUAUGUCUGGGGGGCAGGAAUGCCUUCCAUUUGAGCCUUCUCCAGAUCUGUCUCGACUCCCUGUGCACAAGGCAUAAAGACAUGGGAAUAGAAGCUCUCCGCCAUUAUGCUGCAACACACUUCCAUCGCCAUCUACGAGAGGUCGAUCUGUUGGAAAUGAAGACCGGCGAUAACGUGGACUUGUUACGCCGAUGUCUCAGCAAUCCAUACGUCGAAGUGGGCUAUCGCGACCAUGCUGAACAGCACGAGUUUAUCAAAGCUGCGCUGGCCCAGUCUAGCGAUAGGUACAAUAUCGUGUCCAAGGUUGCUGGUCGUGUUGCAGCUCUUUGGUUUGGAAAUGAGCGUUCGAUGGGCCUCUUAUUUAUAGUACCUGCAAAAAUAAUGGCCAAGGAUUUGGACCUUCACGUAGAUAUCUCACCUGGCUAUGACGGACGUCCGUCUGGCCACGACAUAGACCGAGUUGUAGAGUGGGCGAAGAAAAAAGUGGACUUAGAUCUGACCGACGAAGAGUGGGAGUUACAAAGGGCGAGAACUUACAAACACUGGGGCCUCAUGGACGAAGCUCUUCGUAUGCUGGAGAAGCUCGAGCCGCAGAUUUCAGACAACUGGCUAUAUUUGCGGCUGAUGGGAGAAGCUCACACACAUCCUCAAAAACGUCUGGACUACCUUAAGAUGUUCCGAGCACUCAAAGAUCAGCUCUUGAAUACUGAUGCACGGUACACGCUGGCUUACUGGGGCUCUUUGUACGAUGAAGCAGACAUCCUUUUUAGACUUGGAGACCUCGAAUCUGCUGCUUCAUGCUUCCAGGCGUUGGUGGAACACGACGUGGGCGAAGAUGAGUUCCUGAAAAUGUCCCAGGAGUCAGCGGUCAACUACCUCUUUUACACCUGGUGCGAACAGAAAGCUUUUCACAAGGUCAUUGACAUGUUGGCACAAUGGGAAGCGAUGGGAAACGGGCCACGGGGAGUACGAUACUGGCUCCCUGCUAUGGUGGAUUCAUUCUAUUCGCUGGCUAUAAGGGCUGCCGCUGAGACAGGGUCGGAACAACAUGUUAUUCAGAUGUUUUCCUCUGCAGCGGGACUGCCGCUCCAUGAACAGCACAUUUCGGUCCUGCGUUAUGCUUCUGGGGCACUCCUCUACCAUACCUCUCAGCGGACAGAAGACCAUGAGUCCGCGAUUGAGAUCUGGGAAGAGCUCGUGACAUCUCCGCGAGAGUUCUUGACCCUCGCCAUGGCCGGUUGGUAUGCGCUUCGUUCUCUCUGCCAAGCACUCUUGGAAGAUGCAGCACCAGUAGGGGGAGAAGCGGAGAGGGCGCGCGCUGGCAUGUACGAAAAGAAAUUGGAGAAUAUGACCCACAUUGUCGGCCAUGACAUCGAUUCCCUCCGCCGUGAAGACCACGACAUCCGACUCGCUGUGGCCAGGGCCAAACAUCUCAGAGGAGAUAGGUCUGCAGCGCGGAAAAUCAUACAAAGUCGCCUAGGCGACGUCCUCGAGGACGAGUUCAGUUCCAUUGGCAACCGGUUCCUGCAAGUUGCGGCUAGUCUGGCUGCCAUCGACGACGACGCCGGAGCUCUGUUGGGCUGCAAGCCGUGCCGGAAGAUUAUCAGUUGA